AUGGCCACCGUCACUAUAGGCAGGUCUUACUUUGACGCCCUCCUACGAAGUGCCCAAUUUCAUACUUCUGGGCAUGAGUUUGAGCUUGCUCAUAACCUGUUCAACAAUGUCACCAUAUCACAGGCAGAGCACAACCGUCUGCAACAAUGCACUCGGGACUACAACCUACUCAAGAGCGCCCUCUUUCGUGGAGGUCUGACAGCAGAAACGCUGAACACGCUUCUUGCAAGCGAAGGUGACGCUACCAACGACAGCACUUCCCUGCGCAGUCAGAGUGCUGAAAAGACGUUCGCGAGGCCUAGCACAAUCCCCGUUACUGUGACAGCGUUCCACAAAGGCACAUCACCUAGUUCAGACGACACUGGGACUGGUAGUGAACUACUUGAUCUGCCUCAAUCCCGACCUUUGUACCGUGCCUACAGCACCGAUCAGCACGAAGUCUACAUGGACAACUAUGCGCAGGAGGAUGACGAGCAAGAGCAGGUAGAGGGCUACGGACACGAACGUGACCGUCGCAAGCGGAUCCCUGUUCAUGAUCAACGCACCAUUCUCAUCACCAACCUUGCGGAUCGUACGACGCACAAAGAUCUCGUUGGAGUGAUUCGAGGGGGACAGCUACUGGACAUAUUUCUUCGUAGCGAUCGUGCUGCGACAGUGUCCUUUGUUGAGGGUGCAGCGAACUUCCUGGCAUACGUCAAGCGCAACGACAUCUACCUCCAUGCGAAACGCGUAAGUAUUGCAGUGCUAAGAAUGCGUGUAUGGCAACCUGACCUGUCUUAGCUUGAGUUCCGUUGGGCUGAUCGUCAGUUUCACGUGCCCCUCACGUCUCUAACAAGACCGCUGGUGGAGCAUCUAGAAAUCUCAUUGUGCGAGGAAUUGCCGGCAAAGUGUCUGAAGAGCAAAUACGGGACCACCUUGACCACAUCCACAACCUCAUCGUGGUCGACAUCUACUUCGAGAAUGGCGAUGCCUACAUAUCCACCAACUCGAUCCAUAACGCACUGUUUGCCAGAACCUGUAUGA